AUGAAGAACAGUGAAGCUAGACCUGUUGGAACAGCACCAUUACCGGAAGCUAAUGAGGUUGAAAAGAAAGAACCCAACGAGUGCAAUUACGUUCAAAACAAUAAGAGAUCACACGGCAAUGGCCGUGGUGGUUACAAGGGGCGUGGCAGUGACAAUUACUCGAACAGCCGAGACAACUACUCGACCGGCCGGAAAGGAAACCACAAUAACCGUGGUCGUGGUUCCAAUUAUGGCCGUGGCCGAGGCAGUUAUGGCCGUGGUCGAGGCGGCAUAUUCAAACCGUCUUACUCGACCAAAUCCGUUUGUCACAGAUGUGGAAUGGGAAACCAUUGGGCCAAUAACUGUAGAACCCUAAGCACUUAUGUGAGCUCUACCAAGAAAGUCUGA